GCCAAUCCCAAACAACUUUAGUCGUAAUAUUACUUCAUUUGUAUUUGAAAUAUUUUAUUACAAAAUAUAAUGCCGCGUAAACCAUGUUACUGGACGCGUAAAUUAGAGUUGGAAUUAGUUGACUUUGUUCGUCAAAAAGAAUUUAUUUGGAAACCGAUUGGAAACACGAAUCAUCUAAUUCAACAGAAAUACAAGGCUUACGCUGAAUUCGCAGCGAGACUGGGACGCGGAUUUACCGCUCGUUCUGUCAGAGACCGAUGGGUGAAUAUCCGAAGCACAUUUAACCACAAUUUAAGGCGAGUUGAUAAAUCGAGAGAAACAGCUCAAUCAGCUUCAGAGGUGUAUGUUCCUUGCUGGCCUUUGUGGAAACCUCUGCAAUUUCUCCGAGAAGCCACUUUGAAAGAUGUUGUUAAUUAUGAUUACACCCUGAAUGAAGACUUUAAUGAUCUUACAUCAAAUAUACAAGUUAAAGAAGAAGCACCGAUGGAAUAUGAUGUGGAUCUUGUUGGUAUCAGACAGCGUGGUCAAAGAACAGAUAGGCCUCGUAAGAAAAUUAAAAACAAAGCUGAUAACAGUAAUAAAUGUAUACAGAUUCUGGAUGAUCUUGUCAAAGCUUUGAAUCCUUUAUUAGAAAAAAAAUCCGAAAGUAGUCGAUACUGGUAUUUUGGCAAGCAUGUUACAGAGCAACUUAAUGCAAUGAGGAAGAUUGAUGCUGAAUGUGCGAGUCGUGAUAUUAUGUUACUUUUAGAAAGUAUGACUGAAGGCUGAUAUGCUAUGAUGGAAGACUUGAAGUCUGAUCCAUUGAAAGGUUAACUGGGUACUGAAGGAGGCUAGUAGUAUAAAUGUCCAGUAAGGAACUGUGCUUAAGAGAAAUGAGAGGCUUAAUGGUUUGUACACACUACAAUA